UAAGCUUUUUAAAAUACUGAAAAGGACAAAGAAAACCAAGAAAAUCCCCCCAUCCAUAAAUCUCUCUUAACCUCUUUUGAAUUUUUCAAAGUCAAGCUCUUAUCCACAUGUAACAGAAGGCACAUGUCCUAACUGCUUCGUGGGAGGGAGUUUUGACUGUUGUACUCACCUGAGUAACCACCAGCUACACCUCCAUCACCCAGAAAAUCUCCUCGCGACCCUUUCCAGCCAGCUCCUCGUGCUGCCCGGUAUCCUGUGUGAACAUUUAAGGAAAAUAAAAUGCGUGUUUACAGGUGGUAGUCCUCAAAAGUAUAGAAAGGUGUAAAUGAAAGGUUGGUCUCCACUCCUUCAAGUCUGUUUUCCCAUAGGCAGUCACUGUUAGCAGCCACACGGGGCAUCCCAGAAAGUGCUUAUGAGUAUUCCUUUGUAAAUACCACACAGAUUUUAUCAUCCACACUGGUCCGUUCCUUGCUCCUUCAUAUACAUCGCAGCAGUGUCUCUACAGUAGCACAUAAGUCCAUGCCAUUUGCUUUUCUAGUGUCAUACCUAGUCUUCCCUUCAGACAGAGUUUAAGGUGGAUGGAACUUUAGAAUCUUCAGGAAAUACUGUCAUCCACACGGGGAGACUUGAGUUUCUGACGAGAGGGAGAUGUUUAUUGUGCAUCUACUAUCCACAGGCCAGAGGCCGUACAAGGUGCUUUGCUGCCCAGGCCUCGCUGCCCUCCAACCCAGAAGCCCAUAACCACACCCCAGGGACCAGGGUGGAGUGACCUGCCCCUUGCAGAGCUGGGAAGCGGAGGUGCCGGGUUUCCACCAUGUGCUGGGUCACCGAGCCUUCCCUUCCACUCUCCUGUCCCUGGCCAGGGCUUCCUCAGCUCUGCAUAAGGGCCAGCCUUGGGCUUUGGGACAUUCAAGACACCCCCACCUUCUGUGUACAGGUCUUUCCUGAGCCUCAGAAAUGACGCAUUACAGUGGCUUCCCAAACUGCCAAGGAAAAAGUGGCGUUUGUGGGUUGUCAUCGUUUCUUCUGGGCAAGGAAGGGGGGACAAGAAAGGGGGGACCUGAGCGUUCGUGUGUCAUCCAGCGCAGGCUUUGAUUAGGCUGGUGAGUCACCCAGCCACCAUACAAGGAAGUUUUUCAUGUAAACGGUUUGUGGGUGAACUUAUUUUUUGCCCUUUAAGGCAGAAUUUUAUGUUUUUCUUUUUCUCGCCCUUUGAAGACAAGUUUUUAAAACAUAAAUGGGAGGCAGUGUCUUGAUGAGCAAGAUCUUUUGUUCUGCAAGUGUCCGCAGUGAGUCUCUUUCACAGCCCGUGGAGGCCCCCACGCUGGGGUGCUAAUCUGCACUUGGGGCACACCAUGGCCAGGUGUCCAGCCUGGAAGAGGGAGGUGACCUGCUGUUCUUGUGCUGGCCUCCGAGGCCUCCACCUGCUGCCCUGUUGGCUUGGAGAUGAGGCUAAACAGUGACUCUAAAAAGAGCAGUGCCUGUCCCCACAGAGGAAUGAAUUAGGCCCUUGCUUCACUGAGAGAUGAUUGGAAAAUGCCCAGCGGGGCAGCCAGUGAACACUCUGGAAGGGAAGGUGUUUGGGAGAGAGGCUAACUGACCGGGAGAUGAGGCCAGAACGACCAGAGCUCUGUGGGCUGCUGCCCACAUUGUGCUCCCUGGGGCACCCCGUUGCACUCUCAGAACCAACAGACUAUUUUGCAGACAGCCUUGAAAGGGACAGAGACCCUUUUUCGGAGAACCUGAGGCCACUCCUAAUGGAGCCUGCUGGCACGUGGUGGCAGAAGGCCAGGGUGGUUUGUUUCCAGGGGGGCUGGCACAUGCUUGGACCAUUCCCUUUGGAAGACUGGGCUGAACCUGACCUCUGUCCAGGAGCAUGAGGACCUUGGAAAGCACACCCUGGAGGUGAGAGGCCAGCUCGGCACCGACUGGGGCAGGAACAGGCUCCAGCAGACCAUUCAUCAUGUCUGUUGACUUUCAAGGCUUUUGUUAAAGUCUCCAACCAAUCUUCCAUCCAAGAGGGUCCUUACCUCGUCCCAGGCCUCCUGGCCACUGCAGAUCUGGGGAUUUUGAACCAGUAGCUCAUUGGUUUUUAGAGUAGGGUCCAGAGACCAGCAGUAUCUCCAUCACCUGUCAACUCACUAGUAAUGCCAGUCUUCAGUUUCACAGACUCUCAGUUGGCAGGAUGAGAGCAGCAAACUGUUUUAACACACUCUCUGGGUGACCGUGAUGUCCUCCGGAGUUUGAGAACCGCGGCAGUAGUGUGAAGAAAGGGGAAAGAACCAUAAACUUCAGUUGAGUUGCCUACUGUUUUCCAUCUACUUUAUCUUCGUUAUUCUCUUUAGGGCGCACAAUCCCUGGAUUUUAUGUCUCCAUUGUAUGAACACGAGUCUGACUCUCAGACUUCUUAACCUUCUCAUGCAUCCAAGCCAGAAUUCAAACCCAGGCUCCGCAGCCUCCUUCUGUAACCAUUUCACCCUCUUACUGGGGUUCUCACAGCCUGAGAUUAAGCACAGAUGACUAAACAUGUCCAUAGCUUUUGGGCUACUCUGCUAGAAUCCCCUCCGUUUGUACAGUUCCCUUAGAAUUCACUGGGGUAAACAUCAUUGAACUCACCCUCCUGGGACACUGGGCUUCUCUAGACAAGUAGAGUCCUCCACGCGAGUAUCUGAGAACGCGCCUCCCGGGGGAAGGCAGAAAUACACCUUCUCCUAUAUUCAGACACAACAGCAUUACCUGGCUUGAAACUCACAUGAGAGACUAACUGAACAUUAAUUUAUGAAAGAACAGGAUCCUUCUCCAGGAUUCUCAUAAAUUGAAGCCCUUUGUAGUAGGAACCCAUGACUCCCACCCAGAGGAGGCAGCCAGGAAGGAUGGAGGCUUCCAGACAAAGCCAUGAACAGAUCAGAUGUCCUUUGAAGUGCUGCAGGCACCAGAUAAAGUUCUUAGUAAAAUAAACAACAGGGGCCCCUGUUGAGAUGCUACCGUCUCAUCUGGAGGCCCAGCCAGGGAAAUCCUUAUUUGGGAUAGAGAGAGUUCCCUUUAUCAGGCCCAAAGGAAACAGAGCCUGUGGUGUCCCUCACUGUAUUUCAAAAGGGCUAGAAACUCGCCUGGGGCUGCCCGCCUCCCACACCACAGAGGAGGAGCAGGCUCUGAAAAAGAUUUACAAAUACAAAAAAGUGCUGAGUAACCCAAGCCGCUGGGAGGUUGUCUUGAAAGAGAUCCGGACCCUGGUGGACAUGGCCCUGACGUCCCCCCUGCAGGAUGACUCCAUCAACCAGGCCCCGCUGGAAAUUGUCUCGAAACUGCUCUCCGAGAACACAAACUUGACCACCCAGGAGCAUGAAAACAUCAUCGUGGCAAUCGCUCCUUUGCUGGAAAACAACCACCCACCACCAGAUCUCUGUGAAUUCUUUUGCAAGCACUGCAGAGAGCGGCCCCGGUCCAUGGUGGUCAUCGAGGUGUUCACCCCCGUGGUGCAGCGAAUCCUCAAGCAUAACAUGGACUUUGGGAAGUGCCCGCGACUGAGGCUGUUUACUCAGGAGUACAUCCUUGCCUUGAACGAGCUCAAUGCGGGGAUGGAAGUGGUGAAGAAGUUCAUCCAGAGCAUGCACGGCCCCACAGGGCACUGCCCCCAUCCCCGGGUCCUGCCCAACCUGGUGGCCGUGUGCCUGGCUGCCAUCUACUCCUGCUAUGAAGAGUUCAUCAACAGCCGCGACAAUUCCCCAAGCCUGAAGGAAAUCCGGAAUGGCUGCCAGCAGCCGUGCGACCGGAAGCCCACCUUACCUCUGCGCCUUCUGCACCCCAGCCCGGACCUGGUGUCUCAGGAAGCCACGCUGUCUGAGGCCCGGCUCAAGUCGGUGGUCGUGGCCUCCAGUGAGAUCCACGUGGAGGUGGAACGCACCAGCACUGCCAAGCCGGCGCUGACGGCCAGCGCGGGCAAUGACAGCGAGCCCAACCUCAUCGACUGCCUCAUGGUCAGCCCCGCCUGCAGCACCAUGAGCAUCGAGCUGGGCCCCCAGGCCGACCGCACACUCGGCUGCUACGUGGAAAUCCUCAAGCUGCUGUCGGACUAUGAUGACUGGAGACCAUCUCUGGCCAGUUUGCUUCAACCCAUUCCAUUCCCCAAAGAAGCUCUCGCACACGAGAAGUUCACCAAGGAACUGAAGUACGUCAUUCAGAGGUUCGCCGAAGACCCCCGGCAAGAGGUCCACUCGUGCCUGCUGAGCGUGCGGGCCGGCAAAGACGGCUGGUUCCAGCUCUACAGCCCCGGAGGGGUGGCCUGCGACGAUGACGGGGAGCUGUUCGCCAGCAUGGUGCACAUCCUCAUGGGCUCCUGUUACAAGACCAAAAAAUUCCUGCUCUCCCUGGCGGAAAACAAGCUGGGACCCUGCAUGCUCCUGGCACUGAGGGGCAACCAGACCAUGGUGGAGAUCCUGUGCUUGAUGCUGGAAUACAACAUCAUUGACAACAACGACACCCAGCUGCAGAUCAUCUCAACCCUGGAGAGCACAGACGUGGGGAAGCGCAUGUACGAGCAGCUGUGCGACCGGCAGCGGGAGCUGAAGGAGCUGCAAAGGAAAGGCGGGCCCACCAGGCUAACACUGCCCUCUAAGUCCACAGACGCUGACUUGGCUCGUUUGCUGAGCUCUGGCUCCUUCGGAAACCUGGAGAACCUCAGUUUGGCCUUCACCAAUGUAACCAGUGCCUGCGCCGAGCACCUCAUCAAACUGCCUUCGCUCAAGCAGCUGAACCUGUGGUCCACUCAGUUUGGAGACGCCGGCCUGCGGCUGCUGUCGGAACACCUCACCAUGCUCCAGGUGCUGAACCUGUGCGAGACCCCGGUCACCGAUGCCGGUCUGCUGGCCCUGAGCUCCAUGAAGAGUCUCUGCAGUUUAAACAUGAACAGCACCAAGCUCUCAGCUGACACCUAUGAAGAUCUGAAGGCCAAGCUUCCCAAUUUGAAGGAGGUGGACGUGCGCUACACAGAAGCCUGGUGAAGCUCCCAGCUCGAGGCAGGAAGACGUUUGCAACCGCGACAAAACAACUCUUGACUAACAGCCGCAGAGCAGCCAGUCCCGGGGUCCCACCCUGGUGUCCUGGCUGUGAGAUAGAUGGGGAGUUUUUCUGGGGGCAGAGGGGGGAGGGGGUGGGGAGGGGGUCCACAAGCACGCCCAGCCCCCGCCAAUUCUUUUAGCUUCGUAAUUGGAAACUUUGACCUGAUCUAAAGUGGACUUUGUAGCAACAAGAGGAGCAUCAGCGGGUCGGGGAGGGGGUUGGGGGUGGGCUGGGGGGUAGGGGACCCUUUGUGGAUUUUCUUUGCCUUUGUGUUUAAUGCCGUGUGGGAAAAGUCAACUCCGAUGCCACCGUGCGGGCCGGACGAAGGAUGCUUUCUUCCUAGAGGCUCCAAGCUGAGCUGCGAACUCGCCCCCCGCCCUUGGGACAAGAAGACCCAGUCAUGUCACUGCACCCGUCCUGUGUCCUCACCAUUGCUAUGCAAAGUGAUUCUUGUUGUACAUAAGAUUUAAAUAAUGCACCUAUUUAAGACAUGUUGACAAAUUGCGGGUCUGGGACCCGCCUCUUAUUUAUGAAGUCUUUUACCCUCCCUCCCCACCCUCCUGCCCACCCUCCCUCCCCGCCCUCCUGCCCCCACCCCCCCACCCCCGUGUGUAGUACUGUAUAAAUCAGUCAGCUGUCGGGUUAGUGGUAGUAGUAUUGUUAUUUUUUUAAAGGAAACAAACAGACAAAAGAAAAAAAAAAAAGAACCUCCUUGGAAAAAUUAAUUGCUUUUUCGUACUGGAUUCUCUAUGCUAAUGCUCUCUCGUCUGUCUGUCUGCCCACCUCGCCCACCCACCACUGUGCAUUUCUGAUUUCCAAAUGUCUCCGACUCGCUCAUGAGGUGGGGCUCAGGCUGGGGGAGGAGGAAGGAAUGAGGUCGCCUGUCGAAGCCUCACUCCUCUAUCGCCCAAGCUCUUUCAGCCCCUUUAGACUUGAAUAGGGGGCUGCUAACCUGCCCUCUGCAGUCCACCCCAUGAAAGAGCUGUUCCCCACCCCCGGGGACCUCCUAUCCCUGUCAGCCUUUGCUGUCCCCUGUCCCCAGCGGAGACUCUGGCUCCCCCUGCCAUCGUGUGCUUCACGCAGCCCCAUGCAUGCCCGCCUCUCUGCAUGGUCUCUUGGGAGAAGAGAGAUACAUUGCCUCCACCAGCCCGACCGCCCUCCCCUCCCCUCUCCACCCCACACAUGUGACCACUGCAAAGAAGACGCUCCUUCUGUCCCCACCUGCUCCGAAGACAAACCAACCUCCAUUUCUUUUAUAAACAGUCGGCUUUUUCUUAACAAGCCCUCACUGUACAGAGCAGCCCGUCGAUGGUUUAUUUGGGGUCCCCUUCUCCCCCCAGCCCUUUUUUCUGUUGGUUUAGCACAAAUACUUCCCUCCCCCAGCACCUCCAGACCUACCCCACAGUCAGCGUACUUGUUUUAUAUAUAUUUAAUCUUAUUCAAUGGAAACCAUGCUUUUGUUGUUUUAUACUUUGCUAGGUAGACUUUAUUACCCCCCUACUAUGCCCUCAUUUUUUUAAAAAAGGAAAAAAAAAGAAAUGGGGUUCCAGUCUGAAUUCGUUUUUCGUGCCAGGUUUUAUUUCGUGUGUGUGUGUGAGAGUGUGUUCUGUUUCGUGUUUUGUUUUUUGUUGUUUUCAGUUGUUCGGUUUUAUUUUUCCCCUCCCCUCCUCCAGUCCCAUACUUCACAGCACUCUGGUGCGGGAAGAAGCAGAAGCAAAAAGAAAAAAAAAAAAAAAAAAAAAAAUUAAAAAGAAAAAAAAAGAAACAAGACAUGCCACCUUUCCCCUCGCACUGUUGCUUUUCCUGAUGGUUAAUACUACUGUCACGUAGCUGUGUACAAAGAGAUGUGAAAUACUUUCAGGCAAAAAUAAACUGUAAGUGACUCAUCAA